AUGGCUUCCGAAGCAUCUUCUGUUGAACAUAGUCCUAAGGGAGAAGAAGAAAGAAAACAUGAAAGAGGAAAAGGAAAACCUCGGCACAAAUUUACAAAACAUGAGUUGGAGAUACUUAAUCAGUUAUUUAAACAGAAUCCCUAUCCUGAGUUUUCAACCAGGGAGGAGCUGGCCAACCAAAUGGAUUGCCAGCUCUGCAUCAUAAAUAACUGGUUCCAAAAUAAAAGAGCCAGACUACGAUGUAGAGAGAAACAAAGAACGUUUGUCACUGGGAGAAAACAGGAGUCCCUUGUCCAAGCACAUCCUGCUGUUGGCCACCAGGAUGCCCAAGUGCAAUCUCACAACAGCACCACCUCACAGCCCUCUUGGCCCCAGCAGGCUCCACUGGGAGGAGCUGGCUACUUUUCUAAGGAGACAUGGGGACUUGCCGGUGAAGAGGAUCACUCAUGUGAUGCUGUGGUUCCAGGCAUUAGAAUGGAAGCAAGUUCUGCUUCAGAGUGGCAAAUGGUCACAGGGAGUGCACCUUCUCCCAGCUCCACACCAGCAAUGCAUAGUCAUCCUGCUUCAUCGCUGCAAGGUUUUGAGAGGGCCACUUUCUCAACAGAGGAAAGCCAGCAUGGCAGGCCCUUGCUUUUGCCCUAUGUUGAUAGCGUGCAGGGAAAUAUGCAGCAGCAGGAGCUCCUCUAUCAGAAUUCAGUGUAUGAAGGCCAGCAGGAGAACGACUGGGGAUAUUAUCUUCACCAACUGCCACAGCCCCAGUAUCACCAAGAGAUGCUAUUUCAGGACCCAUUUCUAGUGCCCCAGAAGCAGGGGAACUUAGAGCAGCAGGUGUCCUCCCUCCUACAACAGCAGGAUGCAGGUUGUGAAGGCAAUGGAGAGGCCCUGAGCUCUCAGGAGCAGUGUACAUCUCCUCCACAAAUGGUGACCAGUUCUCUGCCUGAGCCUCCUGGGCAAGAUGGACAGUUAGGUGCUCUAGAGCAGCCCAGGUUCCCAACCCUAGAUUUCUGGGAGGAGGUAUCUGCUGAGGACCCUUACUGGCCCAGUAUUAUAAGUGAAGGACAUGGCAUUGCAUUUUAG